AUGGAAGAUAAUUAAGCAGAUUAAGCUAAUAAGACUUUAAAAAAGUAAGAGCGUUUGAAAAAAAUGAAGGAUAAGCUAGCGAAGAAUGACUAAUAAUUUUACAUGCCUAUUGAAGAAUAUGUUCUUAAAAACCCCCCUUUUGAUUCAUCAUAAAAUAUGAAUGGUAAAUGGCUAUAGAGCCCUUAUGAAUUUGGUACAUAAUAUUACAGGUUGGAUGGCGCAAAAGUAUUUAUUUUUCCUGAAUCUAAAAUUUUUCAAGAACCAUUGUAUGAGUCCUGCAGUAAUGAUAGUUUUGAUAGUGAUUUUGAAUCAACACCUCCUUCUCCCGCUAAUUAAUCCAAAGAUUAAUCUGCGAUUAAACUAAAGGCAAAUUAAUGUGAAUAAAAUAUAAAUUAAGAAGCAGAAGAAGAAGUAAUAUGUGAAAAUGAGAUUGGAUUUCUUUUUGAUUAGGAUGAAAAUUACAUAGAUGUAUAAAACUAUGAAAUAUUAUUAACAAAAGAAUAUGAAUAUUUCAUUUUUAGACCAAAAGAAUCAUUAUUGAAUAUUUUAAAUGAAUAAAUAAAUAACAUAUGA